GUCAUCACUGGUAACCUCCGAUUUGAUUGCAUAUGGCGAAUCGUCAGAGCCUUUCGCUUGCGACAAUUAUUUGUUGAUUAAACCGGGAAACGAUAAUAGUUUAAUUAUAAGUAAAGAACCGUCUCGGCUAACUAUAAAUUAUUAUUCACAUCGCAUCGAGUGUGACCGACUGUCGCCCCGACUUGAUGCGCCUCCCGUUUCGUCCUCGUCUUCCGGCCGAUCCGUAGAAAACUGCUGUUGUUUUUUUUGUCUGUAAAGGGUCGCAAUCGGCGAAGGUGCGGGGUCUGAAAGGAAAGAGCUUUCGAAACUAAACAAACCGACAGACAUGCCGGCGGUACGUGGAGAUGGAAUGCGAGGUCUGGCUGUUUUCAUCUCGGACAUCAGAAACUGUAAGAGUAAAGAAGCGGAAGUUAAAAGAAUCAACAAGGAAUUAGCUAACAUAAGAAGCAAAUUUAAGGGUGACAAAACACUAGAUGGGUAUCAGAAAAAGAAAUAUGUGUGCAAGCUCUUGUUUAUUUUUCUUCUGGGUCAUGAUAUCGAUUUUGGACAUAUGGAAGCUGUGAACCUUCUUUCAUCUAAUAAAUAUUCUGAGAAGCAAAUAGGUUACCUAUUUAUAUCUGUAUUAGUUAAUACAAAUAGUGAUCUCAUCAAAUUAAUUAUCCAAAGCAUAAAGAAUGAUCUCGCAUCUAGAAAUCCAAUUCAUGUCAACUUGGCUAUGCAGUGUAUUGCCAACAUUGGAAGCAAAGAAAUGGCAGAAGCUUUCGGUUACGAUAUUCCAAAGUUAUUGGUUUCAGGUGAUACAAUGGAUGUUGUAAAACAAUCAGCCGCUUUAUGCUUGUUGAGGUUAUUCAGAACUUCUCAGGAAAUAAUACCAGGAGGUGAGUGGACUUCUAGAAUCGUCCAUUUGUUAAAUGACCAGCAUUUGGGAGUUGUAACCGCCGCUGCUUCAUUAAUUGACGCAUUGGUGAAACGGAAUCCUGAUGAAUACAAAGGUUGCAUAAGUCUAGCAGUCUCAAGACUGAGUCGUAUUGUUACAUCAAGUUAUACUGAUCUUCAAGAUUACACUUACUACUUUGUUCCAGCCCCAUGGCUUUCUGUAAAAUUGCUUAGAUUAUUGCAAAAUUACACACCUCCAGAGGACCCGGGUGUAAGAGGUAGAUUGAACGAGUGUCUAGAAACAAUUUUAAAUAAAGCCCAGGAACCACCCAAAUCCAAAAAGGUUCAACAUUCUAAUGCUAAAAAUGCUGUUUUGUUUGAGGCAAUUAGUUUAAUUAUUCACAAUGAUAGUGAGCCAAAUUUGUUAGUUCGUGCUUGCAACCAAUUAGGGCAGUUUCUUUCUAAUAGGGAAACAAACUUGCGAUACUUAGCUUUAGAGUCUAUGUGCCUUUUGGCAACCUCUGAAUUCAGCCAUGAGGCUGUAAAGAAACACCAAGAAGUAGUUAUUUUAUCAAUGAAGAUGGAGAAAGACGUUUCUGUCCGACAACAAGCAGUAGAUCUUCUGUAUGCUAUGUGUGAUAGGAGUAAUGCUGAAGAAAUUGUACAAGAAAUGUUAAAUUACUUAGAGACUGCUGACUACUCAAUAAGAGAAGAAAUGGUUUUGAAAGUAGCAAUUCUUGCGGAAAAAUAUGCUACUGAUUAUACAUGGUAUGUUGAUGUGAUAUUAAACCUUAUUCGUAUUGCUGGUGACUAUGUCUCUGAAGAAGUUUGGUAUAGAGUAAUACAAAUUGUUAUCAACAGAGAUGAUGUUCAAGGCUAUGCAGCGAAAACAGUAUUUGAGGCCCUGCAAGCCCCAGCUUGCCAUGAAAAUAUGGUGAAGGUUGGUGGUUAUAUUCUAGGAGAGUUUGGAAAUUUGAUCGCUGGAGAUCAACGUUCAGCACCUAUAGUUCAGUUCCAUUUGUUACAUUCCAAGUAUCAUCUUUGUUCGCCAAUGACCAGAGCUUUACUUCUUUCCUCAUAUGUAAAAUUUGUAAACCUUUUCCCGGAAGUUAAAUCAGUCGUCCAAGAAGUUUUCAAACAGCAUAGCAAUUUAAGAAGUGCAGAUGCUGAAUUGCAGCAGAGAGCAUCUGAAUACUUACAAUUAAGUAUAAUUGCUUCUACUGAUGUAUUGGCCACUGUCUUGGAAGAGAUGCCAUCUUUCCCAGAAAGAGAAUCAUCUAUUCUUGCAGUUUUAAAAAAGAAAAAACCAGGAAGAGUACCGGAAAAUGAAAUUCGACCUGCACUUGCACAUAGUAGUGUGACUUCUUCAGAAACCACCAACAAUCAUGCAGCCAAUUUACAAGCUCAGUCGACUAACAAUAUUGCUACAGACCUCUUAGGGCUAUCAACUCCACCAGCACCAACCAGUAUUGGUAUAUUACUCGAUGUGCUCGGUGAUAUUGGAUCAAAUACAACAACUAAUGGGGGGACACAGCAGUCGAAUGUUUCUCAAUCACAAAAUACAUACAACCCCAAAAAGUUUGUGUGUAGGAAUAAUGGAGUUCUCUUUGAAAAUGACUUGAUACAGAUUGGUGUCAAAUGUGAAUUCAGACAAAACCUGGGUCGUUUAGGACUAUUUUAUGGAAAUAAAACUACUUUUCCGUUACAGAAUUUUAGUGCAUCCCUUCUUAACCCAAAUGAGUGGGUUUCUAAAUUGAGUCUACAGAUUAAACCGGUUGAACCGUUAUUAGAAGCCGGUGCACAGAUUCAGCAAAUGGUUAAUGUGGAAUGUGUUGAAGAUUACACUGAUGCUCCUCAAAUGACAAUAAUGUUUAUUUACAACAAUGUUCCACAAAAGUUAAUAGUAAAACUUCCAAUAUUUAUUAAUAAGUUUUUCGAGCCGACAGAAAUGAAUGGCGAAUCAUUCUUUGCGAGAUGGAAAAAUCUUGGAGGGAAUGCCCAAAAAUCUCAGAGAAUAUUCAGAGCAACCCAGGGAAUGGAUUUGACUGCGACUAGGACAAAAUUGAUGGGAUUCGGAAUGCAGCUUUUAGACGGAAUCGAUCCUAAUCCUGAUAAUUUUGUUUGCGCGGGUAUAGUACACACGAGGACACAACAGAUAGGAUGCCUUUUACGUUUAGAACCUAACAAACAGGCACAGAUGUAUCGCUUGACAGUUAGAUCAAGUAAAGAGGCGGUGAGUCAAGAGGUGUAUGAUUUAUUAUGUGACCAAUUUUAAUAGACAAGAUCCUUUCUACAUCUCUGGUAAGGCAGCUACUUGUUAUACAGUCCACCCCUCUUCCUCUGUAAUACUGAAAUUAUAAAUCGUGCUUGAUCAUGAUAAAGUGUAAUAGUGACCCAUUAUUAAAAAUAAAUAAAAAUUUAUCUCAAGGUAGAAUUUCCUUUUUAUAAUUAGAAUCAUAUUUUGUGUUCUUAAUUUUAUCACUUAUCAAAAAACCUGUGAAAUUGUGAUUGUUGAAUGGGGUUAUUAAUGUUAUUAUUUAUUAAUCAAUCAAUUAAUCGUCAUUGCCUCUUAUCAUCAAUAUUGUAACAUAUAUACACAUAAAUAUAUCUUAUAAAAACAUACAUAUGCAUAUUACCAUAAUAUUAAAAUGUCCUUGGUUUUAUAUUUUUGUUUUUACAUUAAAUUUUAAUGUAUUGCUUACAGAUAAUAUAAAUGGAAUGAGCAUUGAAAAAAAAUUAUAAUUUGUUAUAAUUUAAAAGUUAUUAUUUAUAUAAGGAAACUGAAAAAGAAAUAAAGACAUUUUAUUAUACAGUACUAUGUUUGUGUAUAUAAAGUAUUAAUUGUUUGAAUAAUGUAGAGAUGGUUUAGGCCUAUGUAUACACUGUAAAUUACCAAACUGAGUUGUAACUACUAUAUAUAUACAUCUUACAGUUAACUGUACUGUAUAUACAUAGUGUAUAACUUUUAAAAAAUUUAAUCUGUUGUAAAUUUUUUUAUGUUAUAGAUAAUAAUUAGUAAAUCGAUAAUAUAUUGUAAUAACUUAAAAAUGUUGUGCCAUUACUGAAAGGCAUAUAUCACAUUGGUGAGAACGUUUUAUUUAGCAUGCAUGUUUUUGCCUGUAUGUAUGUAUGUAUGUAUAAAAGGAUAAAUGUGAGCAAAACGCAAUGUAUUGCAAGUGAAACCUUCUUGUAAUUAUAGUAGCAAUUUAAAAUUAUGGACAAAGAUGUACCUAUUUAUGCCAGUCUUUUUGCCAGGAUAGUCAAAUUAAAUAUUUUAGUUAUAUGAAUAUUAUUGUUUGUAUACUUUUUAUAUUGUUUAAAUCUUUACAUUUGAAUCUAUUUGUACUAAGUGAUUUACACCAAAGGUAUUAAAGUUUAUUAUUUAUCCAUGUCAUUAUAAAGAGACUAUGUUGGUUUGUACCCUUAAUUUUACACUUUCAUUUACAAAUUCAGUCAACAAUAGGUUGUCCUUUUCAUGAAAGUAGAUGACCUUAAACCAAUGAGCAUAGAGACUAAAUGUGAUCACAAUGUUUUUUUAUUCGUGUUCAUGAACAAUGAUAUUAAACCAUUGUUGUAAAAGAAGAAUAGAUCUUAUAUAUCCCUUAAGAAAUUCACAGCAUAUGUUUUCUAAAAAAAUAAAUAAAUAAAGCAUAAAAUAUACAAAUAUUAUAUUUAUGUAAACAAAAACAAUUAGCUUGAGAUGUAAACACAUCUAGACGGCUUGAACUGUGUAUAAUUCAAAUAGUUAUGAAAUUGAUAUAUAUGUAUAGGUAAUAAGAUAAAAAUAUAUCUCAGUUUUAAGAAAAAUGAGCAGUGUACAAAUGGGUGCAUGCUAAAUAUAGCAUAGAAACAAUACUGAUAUUAUUUUUAUGUUAUUAAUAUAAAAGUUUAUUAUAUUUCCCAGUUA